UUAAAACUAAUGAAAAUACGUUUUUUACAAGAUUUCAUUUUUGUGAUUUUUUCAAACUUUAUUUUCUUUAAUUAAUUUGUGACGUGUUUAAUGUUAAUUAAUAUUAUUGUGGAUUGCACUAUCGUCUUCGUCAUAAAAAGAUGAAGAAAUUUUAUAGCUCAAUAUUGAUUUUAGUUUAUCUGUUCAAUGCAGAACGUUUGGAAAAAGUGAGGUACAUUUUUAACUGAGUAUUACGUUUUAAGUGGAAAGAAUAGGUAUAUUGUUUUAGAGUUAAUAAAAAAAACAUACAUAUGUAUUGUUAUUCAUGAAUUGAAUAUAUAUAUUGGAGCAGACAAUCGAUCAAUCUUCAGAGUUAUUCGUAUCUUCUUUCCAUUCUAUUUCUCGAGAGUUGACGAAAUUCAAUUAUUCAGAAACGAAAGAUACAAAAAGUACAAAUUGAUAUCCUGUUUUAGAACAAAGAAUGACAACGAAAAUGGCUUCUUCCACAACUCAAACAAUGUCUGCAACAAUGGAAGAGGAAAUUCAAGCAUUGAUGGCAAUAUGGCCGGACGUUUGUCGUGAUAUUUUAGAAGAUGUUGAAAGUUUAAACAUUCCUGAUGUUAAUAAAUGGUUGAAAAAAGUAUUAGAAUAUAAUGUCCCAACAACAAAGAAACUUCUUGGCUUAUUAUCAGUAUAUGUCUAUAAGGCGCUGGUACCUAAAGAACAAUUGACAAAAGAUAAUCUUCGUUUAGUACGGGUUAUAGGAUGGUGUGUGGAAAUGUCGUUAACCUAUAUGCUCUUAAUCGAUGACAUGUUGGAUCGGUCAUUAAUUCGCCGAGGCCGAGAAUGUUGGUAUCGAUCUCAUGGUUUAAUGACAGUCAACGAUUCUUUCCUAAUACAGAGCUGUAUAUAUCAUCUAAUUAAAAAACAUUUCAAGGGGAAAGAAUGUUAUAUGAAUUUAGUAGAAAUGUUCCAAUAUAACACAUUUAAGACAGCAAUGGGUCAAUGUUUAGAUACGUAUACGUCCAAUAUCAAUAAGAAGCCUAAUGGCUUACCAAAUCUGGAUUUAUAUACAAUGACUCAAUGUGAUAACAUUAUUCAAUUGAAAGCAGAACCUUUUACAUUUGCUGUGCCUGUGCAAGCAGCAAUGCAUUUUGCUGGAAUAAAAGACCCAGAUAUGUUCAAGCAAUCAACAGACAUCUUGUUAGACAUGGCGCAUUUAUACCAAGUUCAAGAUGAUUUUUUAGGUACCUUUGGAAAUUCCGACACUAUGCGUAAAGAUUGUACUGAUGUAGAAGAAGGAAAAUGUACGUGGCUAAUUGCUACGGCUCUUCAAUGCGUUACUCCAGAACAGCGUAAAAUUUUAGAUGAAUGUUAUGGAGUUCCGGAUCUAGAAAAAGUGAAACGCGUGAAACAACUCUUCAUAGAUCUGGACAUACCAAGUGUUUUUUUUAAAUACGAAGAAGAUUCAUAUAAUAAACUAAAAAAACGAAUACAGCAGAUGUCUUACGAACCUCUACAGAAUCUUUUCUUACAGUUGUUAAAAAAGAUUUAUCGCAGACAGGAUUGUUAUAUCUAAACACUAUACCUAUUUCAAGCAUUUUUUAUCCAAAUAUAUUUGAAACAAAAAUGUUGAAAAAGUAGAAAUUUUUUGGUGAAGUGUUUAACAUAAAUUAUUUAGAGAAGUGAUACGUUUCCGUAUUUUUACAUAAGUAAAUAUUCUUUAUUUUAUAUAAAAUUAGCCAAAGGAUAUUUCUCUCUAGAUGCGCCAUGUCAUUUAUAUGGCUAGCAAUAUAAAUAACAGAUAAAGGACAUUUUUAAAUUUAACAUAUGUUUUAUACUAUUUUUGCAAAUAUAACGGGAUAUGGGUUGAUAUUUCUAUUAUUCCUUAUUAACAUUGCAUUGUAAUGUUUACCUUAAAGCCAUAUGACAUAUUCUGUAUCAUAUAAAAAAUAACACAAUAUUGAUUACAUAAAAAACCUAAAAUUAUAAGCAGCAUUUAUAUAAUAAUCACAUAAAUUAGUAAUAAUUGUUUGAUCAUAAAAGAAACAUAUAUAUGUAUUGUUAUAUAGCAAUGAAGAAAUAGUUAUCUA